CAGUUCCGGCGAGGAGGCCGCGCCAGUGACAGCGAUGGCGGCGGAGUCGGCGCUGCAAGUCGUGGAGCGGCUGCAGGCGCGCCUGGCCACGAACCCGGACCCCAAGAAGCUUUUGAAAUAUUUGAAGAAACUCUCCACCUUGCCAAUUACAGUAGACAUCCUUGCGGAGACCGGGGUCGGGAAGACGGUGAACAGCUUGCGGAAGCACGAGCAGGUCGGAGGCUUCGCCAGGGACCUCGUGGCCCAGUGGAAGAAGCUGGUUCCUGUGGAACGAAACAAUGAGCCCGAGGACCAGGACUAUGAGAAGAGUAGCUCACGGAAGCGCCCCCGGGAUGCUGUCCAGGAGGACGAGGAUGGGGAACAGGAGGGAGAUGAGCAGGAGCCCUGGCGGGCCUCUGGGAGCCAGGCCUACAGCCCCGACCACAGACAGAAGAAGCACCGGAAGCUGGCGGAGCCUGAGAGGCCUCAGCGGGCAGCCCCCAGCCACGAGAGGAGGGACGAGAGGAAGCGCUGCCAUCGGGCAUCACCCGCCUACUCCUCCGACCAUGAGUCCUCCGAUUACGGCCACGUCCAGUCCCCACCGCCGUCCGCCAGCCCGCAGCAGGUGUACCUGGACCACUACAGGUCCCCAGAUGAGGACCCCGAGCCCAUCAUCCCACCCCAGAAGUCUGGCAGAGCUCACAGCAACGCCUUUCAGAACAGACUGGGAGUGAUCCCAGAGCGGCAGCCAGCUGAGCCCCCAGCGAGAGAGGCUGGCAGCCACCGCAAGGAGCACAAGUCUUCCCACAGGGAGAAGCGUCCCGGGGAGGCCAGAGGAGACUCGGGGAGCAGAGAGAAAUCCCACAGCCGGAGGCCGCCCUCGGGGGACAGCACGCGGGAGAAGCCACCCGCGGGUGGACUCCAUAAGGAGAAGGAGCGAGACGGGGGCAGCCUCAAAAAGAAGGUUUUGCCCGCCUCGGAGGUGGCUUCGGACAACCACCUUAAAAAGCCAAAGCACAAAGACUCGCACAAAACCAAAUCAGACAAAAAGCCGAGUGUAGACGGCGCUGGCGCGGGCAAGGGCCACACCGAGCCCCCGGCCAAGGCCAAAGGGAAGGCGUCUGACGGCCUCAAGACGCAGGAAGGCAAAGGGAAGGCCGGCAGGUCGGAGCGGAGGCCCAAAGCCGAGGAGGCAGACACGGAGGACGGCUUUGAGGAGCCCACCAUGUCAUUUGAGUCAUACCUCAGCUACGACCAGCCCAAGAAGAAAAAGAAAAAGACUGUGAAAACUUCAGCCGCAGCACUUGGAGAGAAGGGACUGAAAAAAAGUGACUCAAAAAGCACUAGUAAAAGCUUCAACUCGGGGCAGAAGCUGCCCAAGGCGAACGGAAGCAAGGUGGAGAAGCUGCAGCCGGCCGCAGCCGACUCAGCCAGGCCCAAAAAGGUCCCCACGGACCCGCUGCCGGCGUUGCCAGAGCUCCCCCUGCCCAUGAUCCAGAGCAAUUACCGUCCACUUCCUUCCCUCGAAUUGAUCUCUUCCUUCCAGCCAAAGCGAAAAGCAUUCUCGUCCCCCCAGGAAGAGGACGAAGCGGGGUUUACUGGCCGGAGAAUGAAUUCCAAGAUGCAGGUGUAUUCCGGUUCCAAAUGUGCCUAUCUCCCCAAGAUGAUGACCUUGAACCAGCAGUGCAUCCGAGUUCUUAAAAACAACAUCGAUUCCAUCUAUGAAGUGGGAGGUGUCCCUUACUCUGUGCUCGAGCCCGUGCUGGAGAGAUGCACCCCUGACCAGCUGUACCGCAUAGAAGAGUAUAAUCACGUAUUAAUUGAAGAAACAGAUCAAUUAUGGAAAGUUCAUUGUCAUCGAGACUUUAAAGAAGAAAGACCAGAAGAAUACGAGUCGUGGCGGGAGAUGUACCUGCGACUCCAGGAGGCCCGCGAGCAGCGGUUACGACUGCUGACGAAGAACAUUCAGUCUGCCCACGCCAAUAAGCCCAAAGGCAGACAAGCAAAGAUGGCCUUUGUCAACUCCGUGGCCAAACCACCUCGCGAUGUCCGAAGGAGACAGGAGAAGUUUGGAACUGGAGGAGCAGUUGUUGCCGACAAAAUUAAGAUUAAGCCAGCCCCGUAUCCUUCCGGAAGUAGUCACACCUCCAGUAGCAACAGCUUCCAGGCUAGCCCCGAGGAGCCAGCCUACGACGGCCCAAGCACCAGCAGUGCCCACCUGGCGCCAGCGGUCAGCACUGUUUCCUAUGAUCCUAGGAAGCCAGCUGUGAAGAAAAUCGCCCCAAUGAUGGCCAAGACGAUUAAAGCCUUCAAAAACAGAUUCUCCCGGCGAUAGAGGAGGGCCUGCCCCCGAGCUGGAAUUGGUGGGGGCAGGGGGACAAGGACAGUGGGAGUCGGGGCCUGGAACUUGGAAGGAAGCCGGCGUCUUUCGCUUUGUGGAAACUUCGGUCUCACAGUGGCGCCCGUUGGUGGGCAUCACCCCAGCCCUGCCCCCACCCACCCGGAGCACACUUCAGGGUUCUAAAGGAGAUGUGACACCUCAGUUUCACUGAGCAUUUUAAGGUCAAUUCUACUUUUGUUGUUAAUUAGCAUCUUUGUAAACUAUAAGACAUAGUUUUAAUUAAUAAAUAUUGCCCCCAGAUUGUAUUUAUAUUACCCCACAGGUUAUUUUUGUUUUGGUUUUUUGAGGUUUUUUUUUUUAAUUUGUUUGUUUGUUUUGGGUUUUUUUGGUCCUCUUCCACUCACUCAGCCUCCUCCCGUGGGUUCUUUAUUAGAGCUGCUGAGAAAGCAGGUUCAGGUCAGCUCUGCUGGGUGGACUUGAUGCACAGGCAGGGCAAGGCGCCCCUAGAGCCCAUGUGGGGCUUGCUGCGUGUGGGCAAGGAGUGCCCGGACAGAGCCUGCCCUGUGGGCUGUCCCUCCCUGUCCCUCCCUCCCCCAGUGGCUGGUGCUGUAGGGAGGCAGGCGCAGAGGUCGGCAUCCGCCCUCCAUCCUGUAUUUUGGGGUGUGUGUGUUUUGUUUUGUUUUAAGGUUUACUAGAAGGCACAGAACCUUGGGAGAUGAAUUUGCACAAAAUCUCAAUAUUUUUACAAUUUCCAAUUUCUGAUUGAAAAUUUUGGGCUUUUUCUCCUCCCUACCCCCUCUUUUCCUGUCUCAUUCAUUCUCCCCAUCAGCUUGUAAGGCAGGGGAAGGAGCCCAAACAUGGCAGGGUUCCCCACAGCUCUGGAGAGCUGUAAUCGCCAGCACUUUAAUCUCUUCUGCCCUAUGAACUGCAACAGGAAGUAAAGGAUUUUAGCAGCUGGGACGCUUCGCUUUGCUCUGCCUUUUCAGAGGUAGGACCUUGUGAAGGCGCAGCAUGGCAGUUUGCCACACUGGGUAGAGAAACUUGUGGUGUAGAAACUCUACACUAUACUUGUUUUUUUGCAUUUCUCAGCCAAGAUUUGGAAGAGCGGGAAGCGUGUACACCACGAUGUCGGGGUUGGGGUGUCCAUAUCUGGACUCGCACUUCCUGAGUGGACAGGGCAGCCAGAACCCAAUGAGGAGGGUAACACUGGCUGCCUCUGUGGCUGCCCGAGAGGACAGAUCUGAGUGAAUGUGUGAGUCUGCUCGGGCAGAGGCCCAGCAGAGGGACAGGCUGCGAGUCAGAGGUGUGUGUCUUCUUAAGGGAACCCAGAAAUCAGACUGAGCUUGUGGCCAUGUGACCACCCGAUGGACCCUUAGCCACUUGCAGCUGUCGCUAGACGGUUCAGCUCAGCCGACUGAGAGUCUGUGCAACAAACACUCCACGUCCUUAGUCCAGGGUGCCUGUUGCGACAGGACAGACUGCUGCAUCAAAGUCACUGCUAUUUU